CCAAGCGAGUAAAUGAGUGAAGUGAUUCAUUUCAGUCGUAGUUUAAUUAUCGAAAUUAGGCUUUCAUAUCAACAAUAAGCCUAUUCUUGUUCUUAAGCUAGUUAUAAAGCUGUAAUUCUAAAUACCGAGUUUUCGUAAUAUUCCGCAAAUGCAAUUCUAAAUUUACAUUUUGCGACGGGAUUAUAAAGUAUUUUUAGUUUCUGUUUGUAUGUAAUAUUUUCAUCUUGUGCUUUGUGCGAACGACUAUAUUAUUGUUGUCGUUACACACGUGAUUCGAGGACGAGGCUUGUUUAUACAAAUCAAAUUAAUUUAAAUAAGUUAAUUUAAAAUGAACAUUUGUGAAAUGAUAGUUUAUUGAAUACUAACAGUGUGCUUUUGAUUACGAAACAUUUUAUCAACACACUUCCUUUUGUGCCUAGAACAAUGUCUUCUCGUCGUCCGAAGACUUCAAUAAGAGUAUGAUCGACGAAUUCGGGGUGCAAGAAUAACAUGAACUGAACUAAAAUGCUGUCCAGAGUCAUAAUAGUACUAUGCGGCCUCUUCACGGCGGUCUGCUGCAACAUCAUUGUUUACACGCAGACGAUACCACAUGCGAUAAUGGAGGAAUUCCGCGACAUCCCGGCUAGUUUCGGCGAGGAACUGCCGCCGGAGGGUCUGCGCGGACUCCUGGUCGAGGGCGUCCCGGCUGACGGAUGCACGGCCCUGGAUAAACCGCCCGUUGUCGACAGCUUUACCGGGAAAUGGAUCGUACUCGUAGCCAGAUACAAUUGCAGCUUCGAAAUGAAGAUACGCAACGCGCAGGCGGCCGGCUUCGAUUGCGCGAUCGUGCACAACGUGAACUCGAGCGAUUUGGAGAAAAUGUCGGCUAAGAAUCCGGAGGGCAUCAUGAUACCUUCAGUGUUCGUCAGUGACGUAGCCGGCGACAUACUGGCAGCGGAAUACCAAUAUAAUAACGGUUUCUUUAUAAUGGUGAACGGCGACCUACCGUUCAACAUCAACACGCACCUGCUGUUGCCGUUCGCAAUAGUGGUCGUGCUCUGUCUACUCGUCAUAUUUAUAUUUAUGAUAGUGAAAUGUAUAAAAGACAGACGCAGAGCCAGAAGGCACCGCUUACCGCAUCGUGCGCUUUCGAAGAUACCGACGUGCAAGUUCAGCAAGGGCGACCCGUACGACACGUGCGCCAUCUGCCUGGACGACUACCAGGAGGGGGAUCGCCUGCGCGUGCUGCCUUGCGCCCACGCGUACCACAGCGCGUGCAUCGACCCGUGGCUGACGCAGAACAAGCGCGUGUGUCCGGUGUGCAAGCGCCGCGUGGUGUCCGCCGGCGAGCCCCGCCCCCGCCGCUCCUCCUCCUCCUCCGACUCCGACACCGAACCGCUCCUGCCGCAGCCGCGGGACCAGGGAGGUGGAACAUUCGAAGAGCAACGCGAGAAUCCUUUCGUGCGAGCGGCGAGAUUCAUGUCGAGGUUGCGGGCUCGAAAUAACCAGAAUACUGCUGAUGCAGAGGUCCCACCUGAACUAGAAGAUAGUCAAGAAACGUCUGAUCAGGACGAAUUGAACGGCAGUACCGAGGCGCAGCCCCUGCUGGAGGAGCGCGCGCCCCACUCCAUCAACGGCUCCUCGCGCGGGGAGAUCGGGGUGGCGGCGCUGCCGGCUCCCGCCUACCACUCGCUGCCGCGGUACAUCGACUUAUGAGCCAGUACCCCUGCGCCGCACGACCCCCGCCCCCCGCACCGCCCCCGCCCAGCCCCGCCCCUACCAUCACCAAAACGUCACAAGGAGUUUACGUUGCUUUUAGUUCAUGAACUACAUGUAAAAUUAUCCGCCAUUUUGAAUACAGAUUAUACGCAAAGCGAAGCUGUACGCAAAA